AAACCUGGGCGCAUCCCUCUUUCGCGCCCUGGCUUUACUGGAACCCAUCGAGCUCAGCGACAUUGCAAAGGAAACUUGUCGACAGCACCAUUGCCUACUUUCACGUCCUGGACUUUCUCGUGUCUGAACCUUUCUCGACCGGAUGCUGUUUUACAAUUUGCGUCUUUGAGGGUGGUUUCUUGCGGUGCUCAGACUCGUUCGAACGCUUGGCUUGAACAGAAGGGGGAUUGACUACAGAAGCUACUUUUGCUCAUCUGCUCGGAGGCGAAUGACGUGACGUUCGGAUGGUGGGAAACCGCACUGAUCCCUCAUUCCGUACGCUGAUCCACCACCAAUCUCGAGAACAAUGAAGCCCCCGCUACAACUACCCGGUUUACCAAGCUACUCCCUCUCCCAUGUACUUCCAACUCAUCGCUUUGCUUUGUGCAAUGUGGUUAGUACGUGAGCGGAUAGCCCAUUUCCCAAUCUGGCGGGCAGUCUCGAGGGCCAUAGCGCACCAGUUUCUGUUUUAUAUCCCGCGCUCGCAGCGAUGCAGAACAGCCCACACCGAGCCUCCCAUCCUCCAGCCACCCUUCCGAUCCAUCCCAGAUGACUCUCCUCGUCAGCCGCUUCCCGCGUCCCAAUGGCACGUUCGUCGACUCCAUCAGCACCGUCGAGCAGCUGCUCGUCCGGUACAUGACUGCCUUGCGCCGCAGAGAGCAGGAGGUCCAGUCGGGCAUGACUUCGAGUCAACUUCCACCCGACUUUCCUGUCACGCAGAGCAAGUUUCUUGCACGCAUCGACAAUUCGCCCGGCUAUUCGUUCUUCGCCAGCAUCAAGUACCGUGUGUAUAACCGCGAGCAAUGUUCCGGGUGGACGCUUUACGUCCAGUGGGAAGAGCGAAACGCCGAGCGGCCUACCGCCGUCGCGUCAUUCCGCAUUCCCAACACCAUCGCCGGGGAUAUAUAUCGCUCCGUGCAGAUCACCACCGACCUCGUGCUCGAGGCGCUCAUCGCCUCGCUGUACAAUGCGGCACCCGUCGCCCUUGUCGUGACCACCGGUCCGGUGUACCAAGAACCAGGGAACUCUGGCUGGCUGGCGCGCUAUGUCGAGUCGGUAGUCCUCCAGGUCGAUGCCAACGGCAAUCCCAAUGGCGCGCACGCGGUCCGUACUGUGGACCAGCGGGUCAUGUGCCCGUGUCUCGGAGCUGUGCAAGGAUGUCGGGCAUGGGUGCCGGCGAGCGCACAGCCUGCUUUGUGCAAAGACCACCUCGGAAUGCGAUAAGCGUAAAUGUGGAGAAGAAAGCAUUCGGACCCUUGUACUUGUAUUCACUGCAUGUAAGACGUAGUCAUUUGAGAACAAGAACACUUGAAA